AUGCUAAAAUUUUUCAUCCUACUUAGAGCAGCGAUUGCCUUUGUGUUUGAACUGAAACCCGAAGAGGAACGAUCAUUCGAGGAAAAUAUAAAGGGUGGCUUGGAAUAUCGGCUGGAGUACUCGGAAAAGGACGGAAAAGAUGUGGCCUUGAACAUUAGAGAUGGCAAGGGAAGGGAUGUUGGGGAAUGGAACACUUCUUUUAGUGUAAUACAUACCAAGAGCGAUGAAGACGGAGUGUUUACAUUUAUGUUCAAAAAUGAACAUAACAAGGCAGUGAAUGUUAAGUUGACCGUUCCUGAUCUAGACAACGAAAUAACGGCCACCACGAUUGCGAAGGACAGCAAUGUCCGGUCUGUUGCUGAGCUGGAGAACAAACUCAAAUCUAUUAUCCAACAAACAUCGGAGUAUAUAGAAAGAAUGAGCGUAUACACGAAGAAGCUGGCCGUUUACAAAUGGCGUAUACGAUGUUUUAUGGUUCUAGAAAUAAUUUUUUCCAUGUUCAUGGUGUAUUAUUUGCACAAGGAUACGGUUGGACUGUUCGAGAGGAGGAAAAGGGUCUAGUUAAAAUUUGUUUAUGAGCCGGUAA